AUGACUUACAGCCCUGAAAAGAAUACUCGUCUUCGCGCUCGACAGCUACAGCUCCUCUAUGUGCUGCACAAAGAUAUCCCGUAUCCCUACGCAGGCCAAAUCACUAGUGAAGACAUUGCCCUGGCAAAUGCGCUUGAACCCUGCUGGACGCACAACCUCGCCUCGCCCAAAUAUGUCCUCACUUAUCCUUGGGAGUGGGUUACGAAGAAAGGAUCUCUUCCUGCUGUACUUCGCAGCUUUCGUGUAAAGGCUAAGGAACUGCUCGAUGCUCAGCCGUUGCUUGACGAAUCGGAUAUCGAUAUGUAA